AUGGCUCAAAAUGUUAAAGCUUGCUUGAAUAGCUGGAAGUUGAACAAGAUCUUGAGUUUGAUCGUUGAUAAUGCAUCGUCUAACGAUGUAGGAGUUAUGUAUUUACAAAGAAGGCUGAUUUCUUGGAAGAGUUCAGUUUUGAAUGGAGAGUAUCUCCAUACGCGGUGUUGUUCGCAUAUUUUAAACCUGAUUGUGAAGGAUGGAUUGAAGGGGAUUGAUGAUUCAGUUGCCAAAAUUAGAGAUGAUGUGAAGUAUGUUAGAUCUUCAAAUUCAAGAUUAACUAGGUUCAAGGCAUGUAUUGCACAAGAGAAUAUUUCACAUAAGAGUCUAUUUUGCCUAGAUGUUGAAAUGCGAUGGAACUCUACAUACUUAAUGUUAGUAACAGCCUUAAAGCAUCAAAAAGCAUUUGAGCUAUUAGAGAUGCAAGACAAAAAAUUUGUUAAAGAAUUAAACAAGGAAAGAGGGGUACCUUCAAUUCAAGAUUGGGAUUAUGCUAAGUCCGUCUUAUCAUUUUUAGAGAUGUUUUACGAUGCUACACUUCGCAUAUCUGGAUCCUCUUAUGUUACUAGUAACUUAUACAUGAAAGAAGUGUUUGCUCUUGGAAGGAGGAUUCAACAAUAUCGUGAUGAUGAUUAUUUGAGCAUAAUUCUAGAUCCUUGCCAUAAGUUGGAUUAUGUUGAGUGGUGCCUAGUUAAUUCUUUUGGUGCGGAAGUGGGUAGUGAAUUGAAGACAAAGUUGUCUUCUUGUCUUCAUUCACUUUAUAAUUUAUAUCAAGGUGCAGAUGAAGGAAACCAACAUGAUACCCUCUCCCAACUGAGGGCAAGUGAUAAAACCAAAGACAUUUAUGAUAUGGGGUUAUAUCGUCGAUCAACCGGUUGUAACCCCAAUCUUAAAUCUGAGCUUGAUCAUUAUUUGAAUGAAGACUCUGAGUCAGAUGAUAAGCCUUUGGAUAUUCUAGGAUGGUGGAAGGAUAACUCGAAUUGA